GCUGGGAAAUGGAGUCCAGGCACGUGCCGGAUCUGCCGUUUUUCCCACCCCCGCUCCAAGGGUUUGACGCUGCUGUUCGCAGCGCUGCCUCCACAGAGAGCACCUCCGACCCUGGCACUCCACACCUGCCCAUCAGGCCUCCCACGCACUCAGAUCGCAGGAUUGAGGCUUUUGUUCUCCCACUUUGUGGAAAUCACCUGGGAGCUGCCUCCGAUCCUGGCCAACACCCACAGGUUUCCUGUUGACAAAUAGCUCAUUCGGCGUGAGUACCUGCCCGGGAAACGGGGAGAACUCGCUGCGUCUCUCUGGCGUGUCAGGAACAGGUUGGACGUCCCUUCCUCCCAGGCACCGUGUGCGUAAGAAGAAGGAAGUCCUGGGGGGUCUGGAAAUGCAGGCAGGAAUUUGAAACAACAGAGCAACAGAAAACAUGCACACCGGUAAAAAUACACCCAGACUUAGCGGCAGUCUAAUGCCCAUCUCUCCUGCUGACAUCCAUGUCCCAAACUAAUAGCCGCUUGAGUCCACGCUGUCCUCUCUCUUCCCGGCCACACUCAGUUUGGCCAGGAGUCUCGGUGAAGGCUGACUUCACUCCCAGGAGAUUGUUUGUGGAAGCAUCACCACGUAACCCAGCCUCGUGAUUCAGCUUCCUCGACUCGACUCGGCUUGCAGCUUCGCAAUGUGGCCGGGAUGUGUUGGAGCAUGCUGGCGGUCGGUAUAGCAGGGCGCUGCAGGAUGUGGGUAAUGCUGCUCAGAGCUGACGACGAGCACAAAAUGUGCAACUGGCUUCCAUACUUACUUUUACAGCAGCAAACUUCUUAGACCCAGGAGGACCUAGGGAGCGGGUUCAUUAGGAACCUCUCCAUCUUGGUCAUUACAAAGUGGGGAAGGUGUGCGCCCUGGUGAGAAGGUGUGCUCUUAAUUAUUAUUAUUGUUUAACUACUGUGUGGUCUUCAGCAAACUAUUAAUCUCUUACAUAUCUCAAGAGGAGGUUAGAUGGGCAUCUAGCUGGGGUCAUCUAGACCCAGCACUCUUUCCUGCCUGUGCAGGGGGUCGGACUCGAUGAUCUAUUGAGGUCCCUUCCGACCCUAGCAUCUAUGAAUCUGUAAGCUUCAGAAAAUGUAUUAUUAAUUUGCUGUCGGGGCCAUUAAAUUAAACGGAACAAGUGUUUGUAAAGCAUCCUGAGAUCCUCAGUUGAAACAAGUUGCAGACAUGCGUUAUAAUAUUUUUACGUGUGGCUUAUUAAACCUCCCCAAAAAUGUCUUUCAGGUUCUAAAUGGCUUCAAAGAAGUCGGGAUCAGACUUUCAUGGGCCCUUCAGCUACCUGGACGAUGUCCCGUUUAAGAUAGGAGACAAAUUCAAAACGCCAGCCAAGGUUGGUUUACCCAUUGGCUUCUGCUUGCCUGAUUCUCCCCAGCUUGUCAGAGAAGCUCAGUAUGACUUCUCCCUGGAAAAGAAAACCAUGGAGUGGGCCGAAGAAAUUAAAAAAAUCCAAGCAGCUCAGAGAGAAGCUGAACAGAAGGCUGAGGUAGAAAUAGCUCGUUCAAAGGCCGCUUCAGAGGACAACAGCAAAAUGGGCUUCUCUGAGGGACCUUGCCCGGGGGCGCUGCCCCCUCCCUUUAACCCCAUUCUUGCUAGUCUGCAGCACAAUAACAUUCUCACCCCCACCCCUGCCAACAGCAGUGCCAUAAAGCAGAAGGCCCUUAGUCCGCCCUACCCAAAGGCAGAUUUCAACCCAGCAGACUUCGAAUGUGAAGAAGACCCGUUUGACAAACUGGAAUUAAAAACCAUUGAUGACAAAGAGGAGCUGAAAAAUAUCCUUGAAAUCCACGUCGGUACUACUGGGCCAAUCGUGGCCCAGCUCUUGGACAGCGGCCUCCCCAAAGUAGGGCCUGAAUCUGUAUUACAAGAUCCAGAAGUUCUGGCAUCCAUAGAAAGGGCCACCUUGGACUUCAAGCCCCUUCACAAACCGAAUGGCUUUAUUACUUUACCACAGUUGGGAAACUGUGAAAAGAUGUCCUUGUCUUCCAAAGUGUCCCUCUCCCCUAUCACGUCAGUGAGCAAUAUCAAAUCUCUCUCCUUUCCCAAACUCGACUCUGACGAGAGCGAUCAAAAACCCUCGAAGCUCACGAGCACUUUCCACAGCACUACCUGUCUCCGCAACGGCACUUUCCUUGGUUCUUUACAGAGCUGUGCUCAGAGCAGAGCUAGCGAACUGAACGGACAUCACGUGGUGGGUCUUUCUGCUUUAAAUGUGGACAGUGGCAUGGAGACGUCGACAAUAUCCUCUUCAUCCAGGCUGCCUUCCCUCUCUGGGCCAUCAGUUUGUACGGAAGAACAGACGUCUCAGCCCACAGCAACCACGGUACACCCGGACUACAAGGAGACGGAGCUCCCUGUGGUAACGCACCAAAACUUCCCCGUGUCUAAAGUGCCCAGCAACACCAGCUGCACCAAAUGGUCCAGUGGCUCUGCUUCCUCGGAGCUCCCGCAGGCCCUGUCUCCCAGUGAAAGGCAAUGCGUAGAAAUGGUUGUCAACAUGGGAUACUCUUACGAGGACGUCAUGAAAGCUAUGAAGAAGAAAGGACGGAGCAUAGACCAGGUUCUGGAUUACCUGUUUGCACACGGGCAGCUGUGCGAGAAGGGCUUUGAUCCCCAGCUGGUCGAAGCAGCUCUGGAAAUGCACCAGUGUUCAGAGGAAAAGACGACAGAACUUCUCCAGCUAAUGAGUAAAUUUCAAGAAAUGGGCUUUGAAGUGAAAGACAUUAAGGAGGUCUUAUUAUUACAUAACAAUGACCAGGACAAUGCUUUGGAAGAUCUAAUGGCCCGUGCAGGAGCCAGCUGAAAACAUAUCCCUGGCUUCCAGGAGCGUAACGGAGCGUGCCUCCUGGGGGAGUAGGCCAGCCCCUGUCACCAGACCCCUGCCACCUCAUCCGGAGAGUGACUUGCUGUUUGGGAGGAAGCCCUGCCCUGCCUGCCACGUCCACUGGAGAGUACGGCCGAGCGAGCCCAGCGCGCGUCACUCCAGAGCGCUCUCCCCGCUGCCGGGAGCCAACUGUCUUUCUUUAAGUAAAUUUUUAAGUGCCCUUUCCUAAGUUUCCUUUUCCAGCUUGGCCACGGAGAGCUUAGACUGCCCGACCUCUACUGGAACUGUACAUAGUCAGACAGCUAGGAUUUUUUUUUUUCCUUUCGUUGCACUGGAUUUGGACAGGAAUUCAAAGUUGGUUCUGAAACUAGGAUGCUUUGGUUCUUUGAAGCUGCUUUCACGGUGUCUGCUUGUACUGGAGCACUGACUAUCGCAGUCUGACUGGAGUUUGACCUUGAGUGCAGUGGGUCUUUCCCUUGAUUAUUUUGGGUUGAAAGUUAGUCUGCAACUUAGUGAAACACUGGUUCCUAAACUCUCACUAUGCAUCAAAAAGAGAAGCUGUUCCUCCUCCUCUUGGGUUUUUGGGGGUUGUUUCUGGCCCUGGCAGCAACCAGUUCUGCUGAGCAGAAGUCUCCAAUGCUUGAGUGGUGUGUGAUUUCUGUCCGAACAGGUGAGCUGUGAACUCCACCUGGAUCUGGACCAGCGGUUGGUUCCCGAACUGAUGGGGUGAGAGCUGGGGCUCUGUUCUCAAUCCCCCAGGUUUGUAGGUUAUUUAAGCAAAUGCCCUUCUAGGAAAUCAAUUUUUUUAAAUAAUAUUCAGUGUGAAGCAGGAGGUUUCUUUCAAGCACUUUCUUUAAAAACAAUAUACUCACUGCGGUAGUCCCAUUCUCUUUCACACUGCUGUAGAAUUACAUACUCUAACAUCUAGUAAUAGAAAUCAGUUUGGGGUUUGUUUUUGAUAGUACAAAGUGUAUUAUGUUGUACAUUGUUAAAAAUCGACAUACAUAAAAUAUAAACAGUCUUGAUGAAUCCUUUAAAGUAAUUUGCUAAAUAUUUUGAUUCUGCAGAAAGAACUACUAAUAAAACCCUAAAACGGAAA